AUGCGAGCAAUAAGCAUUGAGAUCGUGCAUAGUCUAACCACAAACUCAUGCCUAAUGGGCUCAAGACGCCAUAUAUCGCGCCGAGGCACACCAAAGGAAAUAUAUAGCGAUAACGGGACUAAUUUUCGAGGGACCGAUGCCUUUCUUAGAGACAAACUUCAACUGGAUGAUGCGAAAAUGCAUCGAGAAUUGUCGCAGCAGGAAAUAUCGUGGUACUUCAACCCACCGUCAGCUCCUCACAUGGGAGGAGCUUGGGAGCGCUUGGUGCGUUCCGUCAAAACCGUGUUAUACCGUAUAGCACCAAAUCAAAAAUUUUCAGAUGAAAGUCUUCUUACCGCCAUGGCAGAGGUGGAAAUGACGGUCAACUCCAGGCCCCUGACAUACGUGUCCCUGGACGACGAAGAUCAAGAAGCUCUUACGCCAAAUCAUCUGUUGCUUGGCUCAUCAAAUGGAGAAAAACCGAUUUGCGAUCCGGAACAAAUCGACUAUAAAUGGUCGUUCCGCCAGAGUGAGAUGUUCGCCAAAGAGAUGCUACCAAACAUAACACGAAGGUCCAAGUGGCAUAAAAAAGUAAAGCCAAUUGGUGUAGGCGACAUCGUACUUAUAGUGGACGAAAAUCAGCGUCAUUAUACAUGGACAAAGGGUCGAGUGGUCGAAGUGACCACCGCAGAGGAUGGUCAAGUCCGCCAGGCGAAGGAAAUAUCGUUGAGAGACCAUUUGGCUCUCAAAUGGCUAAACUCGAUAGAAAAUCCCACGGGGCGUGUGGCCAGAUGGGCGCUGGAGUUACAACAAUACGAGUUCGAGGUACAUUAUCGACGAGGAAAGCUGAACGUGAUUGCCGAUGCCUUAUCGCGGCAACCUUUGGAUGUGCUCCACUGGGCACAACUAGUAGAACCGGAAUGA